GAAUUCUGAAAAGCGUCCGUUGCUAUGUUGCUUGUAUAUUGAGGUUAUGUAUUUCUCAAGUUUAUUUAUUUAUAUUUUACUUUUGAAUAUUAUUUUUUAUAAUUUUUGAAAACAAUGACAAAUAGCUGUACUUUUAAAGCAAGAUUUACGAAAAAUGAAACCAGGUUUUAUUUAGUUAUAUGGGUGGUGAGUGUACUAUAUGCUUUAUAUCGAUUUGCCCUAGUUAGUUCCAAAUUUUUUGAAGAAUAUGAAGAUAACUAUAAUGACUUCAAGGCUGGAUGGUGGUUAACAAACAUAAAGCAAGAUAAAGCUGACUUUGAGUUUGAAACGAUCAAAUUGUUCUUCAAGAAAAAGUUACCAGUUGAUUUAUUUUAUUUGUUGGUAUAUGAAGUUUUUUUAAUUUGGUUCAAAAAUGAUAAAGUGUUAAAAUGGUUGAGUUUUAUUUUUACUUUAACAUAUCUUCAGUACUCUAUGGGCACUUCUAUAGUACUGUUAGCAAUAUUUCAACCAAUAGUGUUUUAUCUGUUUGCCCGAAAUAUGUCACUAACUUGGUUAAUAAAUAUUGUUUGCCUGGGCCUAAUAUCUUUAUGUAAAACACAAACUGCAGCAGCAACUCUUUUCCAGAGGUUAAAUGAUUUUGAAAUAAGUUUGAGCAUUUUGCUGUUAUGCUGGAUGAAUUUAAAAUGCACUGCUUUUGCCCUUGAGAGAAAUAAUAAAUACAAUCAAUUGGUGUUGAAUUAUGUAGAGUAUUGCUUCUAUCUUCCCACUUUAUUUACUGGACCUUUUAUUACUUAUGAGGAUUUUAUUAAGAGGAAAAGUGAAAAGUUGACAGUAAGACUAAUCCAAUUGACUUUUAAUCUGGGAAGAUGUUGCUUUUGGUGGAUAUUUACAGAGUUUUGCUUGCACUUUGUUUAUGUGAAUGCAACUUCUUUUCAGCUAGAGCUUAUUAAACAAUUUGACUAUUUAACACUGUGUGGUUAUGGCUAUGCUAUGGGACAAUUUUUCCACUUAAAAUAUGUCAUCAUGUAUGGAUUGUCCACCAGUUUAUCUUCUUUUCAAAUGAUUCAAGUUCCUACUUUGCCCAGAUGUAUAGGACGAGUUCAUUUGUACUCAGACAUGUGGAAGUAUUUUGAUCCUGGAUUGUAUGUUUUUUUAAAAAAGUUUAUGCUUAUUCCUCUUCUAAAAUUAGGAAUAUCAAAGUUUCCAGCCAAUUUGCUCUGUUUUACCUUUGUUUAUAUUUGGCAUGGUCUUGAAUACUAUAUUAUGAUUUGGGCCAGCCUAAACUUCUUGGGUAUUUUUUUAGAAGAAGUGGCCAAGAAAUUAUACUUAAGAACAAAUUUUAAAAAUGUUGUAAUUAAUGAAAACCAGCUUAGGAGAAUUAAAUGUGCACUUGCCGCCCCAUUAUUAGCAAUGUCAGCUUUAUCCAACUUCUAUUUUUUUGCAGGAAAGGAGGUUGGAGAUUUGUUUGUACAAAAAUCCAUAAGUGAACCAUUUUUUAAUCAAUUUCUGCUGCUCUUAAUAUUAUACUGCUGUUGCCAAGUCUCAGAAGAAAUAAGGGAUAUAAAUGCAAGAAAGAUGUGACCAUACGGCAAAAAAUAUUUGCAUUUGAAAUCAAUUUGCUGAUAACAAAUUGACCAUUUGUAAUUCUAUUUAUAAAAUCUGAAAAACUGUGAGGAGCCUAUGUAAACUAGAUGAUCCAAACAUUUUGUUUCCUAAUAACAGAAAGGAAGAUAUUCACUUUAAAAUGUUAGAACAUCUCAGUAUUCCAUCAAAAUCCUAUCUAAAUAUUCCCAUAAUGACUCUUAGGAGUACACUCAUAUUUUAGCGGAAUUUGAAUUUGCUAUAUUUUUAUAUACAUAUACAGAUUUUUUUUUAAUAAAGCGACAAAAUUUAGGAGUGUGUAAGGGACGAAAUCAAGCAAAAAAAGCUCCUAUGAUCAUAUGUCCUAAACGUCUUAGAUUUUACACUACAAUGUGGUAAAGCUGAAUGAAACAACUUACUUUUUUCCAUAAUUUUGACAUAUAUUCGAAUGUUAGCGGAAAACAUCAAAAAAAUAAUGCUGAAAAUAGAGUUAUCGAAGUAAUACAGGGUGCGGCAUAAUUGUCUCCCUGUUUUUAAGGCUUAAUAAAAGAAAUGUUAUUUGAAAUACAAA